CUUUUCCUGCUCCUGCAAAUUGAUUAGCUUACCGCGCUACCAAAGAGAAAUAGCAUCCUAGUCCCCUUAUUCAGCUUUAACACGGCCAGCUGCUGUCAGCUACUUGUAAGGUAUAUGAGCCCUUUUACUGUCGCAUAAUGAGUUAGUUAACCCAUCUUCUAGCAGAAGUUGAAUGCCGAUAAUCCUGCGUUGUGUUUAUGUGGGUCGACGACCGUACACAAACCGACUCACAACUCACUGCACAAGUCCUCGACUCUCCGUAGUCAAUGUCGUCUGAACUUGAGAAACCACUCAGCCCUGACAAAAUUAAGUCUGCAGAGGACAGCUGGAGACUCGACUAUGUCACUGGGAACCUGUUCGCCUGCCCUAAGGACGAGGCUCUGGCCCAUUGCAUCAGUGAGGACUGCCGCAUGGGGGCAGGCAUAGCAGUGACGUUCAAGCAGAGGUUCAGAGGGGUAGCGGAGUUAAAGGAACAGAACAAGCUGACAGGACAAUGUGCUGUGCUGAGAAGAGACAGACGUUUCAUCUACUAUCUGAUCACAAAGAAAAAGGCGAGCCAAAAACCCACCUAUGAGAGCCUGAGACUGAGCCUGGAGGACAUGAAGUUUCACUGUGAAAAGAACGGAGUAACAAAAAUAUCAAUGCCUCGUAUUGGCUGUGGCCUGGAUCGACUGGAGUGGGCAAGAGUGUCGGAGAUACUGGAACAGGUCUUCAAACACACAAACAUCUCCAUCACAGUCUACAGCCUUCCAGUGAAAGCAGAGACCACAGUGAUGAAGGAAAACAUGCGCAGAUGAUUACUGGAAAUGAUUAUUUAUUGUAAUAUUUAGUUUAUGUACUUUUCUGUAUUAUUUGCACAGUUUGUGGCCCUGAUGAUUUUUUUUUUUUUUUCAGCAAGAAAAUGUUAUCUUACAGAUUAUCUGGAAAUAAAUAUUCUUCUUUGUACAGCAAAGUCAGCUGAACCCUCAUGAACUUCUGCAAGUAGAUCACACGCAGGACAUAAUUCUAUCGGCUAUCUAUUUUACUUAUUCAUUUUUUUAAGGUAGUAUUUUCCGAUUUUUGAAAAAGAUGAGAACAGCCUCCAAAACAUGCUCAUCUACAUUUAUCUGUUAUUAUUGAUAUUUCUUGAAUUUGUUCACCUGUCCCGUCUGGUUUAACAUCAUGAAUGGUACUUUCCACCUGGACAAUGAGCCUAAAAUAUCAGGUAUCUCUUUAUUUGCCCAUUCACCCACCAGGCAGUUAUGUUGUUGAUUGAGCAAACAGUGUAUUUGCAUUUCU